CUUUUUCAAAGCUCUAUGCAGUUGCUUUGGGAAUUUCCCUCUAUAACUAGAAUUCUUUGGAGUGACCAUAGUCAUCUCAAAAAUAUCACUUAACCAGGGAAGAGAGCAAAACAAGGAAAAAGGGCUUCAACUUGUGCAUGGUAUCAAAUAUAUAUAUCAAUAUAUCCCAUCUUGUUACAUUGUAAAAAGUUAAAGGUCUCUCAAACUCGAUUCCCUACCUAGCUAAUUAGCUCCAUCUCUUUUGUUUGGGGAUCUUCAAGGUUUUAAGUAAUCAUGGAGUUUGCUAGUUUCCAUCUUCAGCAUCAGCUUCAAGAAGAAUCUGCUCACUCUAUAGCUUCAGCAACCCCACCACCUGACCCUAAACCUUCCAUCACCACUCAUCAAUCAUGGAUCCCAAGCAGCAUAUAUGAUAUAACAUGCACCCAUUGGCUUAUAUCUACGUGUGAGUUUGUUUGCAGCAAUGGUUGUAACAGUGGCUUUCUAACUGAGAGCUUUACAAAUUCUAGAGAAGUACAGCACAAGCACGCCAUGACUGACUCACUUAGAAUUUCAACAAGGCAAGCCUUGGGUUUCCACUAUGGAAAAAGCCUUGCUCAACAGCCGGUUAGUGAUCUCUUUGCAGCAAGAAUCAAAGGUGAAAUGAUGAACACCUCCAUGAAGGCUAUGGAGGAAUCGUGUUCACUAAUCCCAAUUCAUGAACCACGAUAUCCUCCUAGUUUCUUAUCUAGUCUUGGUGUAACUGGUGUAGAGUUUUUUCCUUCGGAGAAUGUCUUUCAUAAUGAGAAACCUAUUGAUGGAAAGACCAUAAGCAAGAGAUAUAACAACUUUGGAGAUGCUAGCUUAAUUUCGAAUUUACCAACCCUAGAUAUGACCUCUUCUUUGGUUUCAUGUUCUUUGGGUUUAAAUCCUAAAAUGUUUGAUCUGCAUACAAGUUACAGUGAGAGUUGUGAAAUCCAACCUUGCUAUGAUGCUUUUGGUCUAAACGAGAACAUAGCUUUGUGCCACAGCGACAUGCAUGGCCGCGAAAAUAGUCCAUCAAAUAGCUCAAAAAUUUCAUCAUUUGUAACUGAAGUUGCAACGACAAAAAGGCCUAGUAGUUGCUCUCUACCAAAAGAAUCAGAGGCCAAAGCUAAGAGGUCAAGGCCAUCAUCAUGCCCUCCCCUGAAGCAGAUAAGAAAGGAAAAAUUGGGGGAUAGGAUUCAAACUCUUCAAAGAUUAGUAGCACCUUUCGGGAAGACCAGUACAGCCUCUGUGUUAAGUGAAGCCAUUGGCUACAUCCAUUUCCUUCACCAACAAAUCCAGACUUUGAGCAUUCCUUACAUGAAAUCCACGCAAAGCAAUAGAAUGGUGCAGCUGAGUACAAAUAAAGUAGAUAAAGAAGUGAAGGCAGACCUAAGAAGCAGAGGCUUGUGUCUUGUACCCCUUUCUUACGCAUCGUUUAUUCAUCGUUGUGUUUAGUCAUUUUCAUACUAUUAUUAGUAGCAGAUACCAGAGAUAACCCAAAAUUUUAAUCAAAGAGGCUUUAUUGUGUGCUUGUUUUAGUUUCUGAGCAAUGACAAAGUUGCAACGUAACAUGUAUAGAGCAUUGAAAAUUAAAGGAAAAAGAAAAAAAAAAAAAGACUCAAUUCAUGUUAUUUCUGUGCUUUAAGCAAAUAGGAAAAAUAAUUGUCAGCUAUAUAUGGUAGCUGUAAUUAGUUUACACUCAAAUUCAAGUCACUGCAUUUUUUGUAAAAAUAGCUUUUA